GACCUUCCAUUAUUCCAACAUCUUAGAUAAGAGCGAUCUUUUCCAUACACUUCCCUUCUCCUUCUUCCCCCUUUCAUUCUGGUUUUCCCUGAAAACCUCCAUUAAAACCCUCUGUUUCUUCUUUAAAACACAAACCCACUCUCCAAGUUCAACAAACCACAGCAGGAACACCAAAACAAAAAUGUUUGCAGCAGAGAAUGGCUUAAAGGGCGACCCAAGGCUCCAAGGAAUCUCUCAAGCCAUUCGAGUAGUUCCUCACUUCCCCAAGCCUGGGAUAAUGUUUCAAGACAUUACAACGUUGUUGCUGGAUCAUAAGGCGUUUAAGGAUACUGUCGACAUUUUUGUCGAUCGUUACAGGGGAAUGAACAUCUCUGUUGUCGCUGGGGUAGAAGCCAGGGGGUUCAUGUUUGGCCCAUCAAUUGCGUUAGCCAUUGGAGCAAAGUUUGUUCCGUUAAGAAAACCCAGAAAACUUCCAGGGGAAGUGAUUUCAGAAGCUUAUGAUUUGGAGUAUGGAAAUGACUGCUUAGAAAUGCAAAUUGAUGCUGUGAAGCCAGGGGAACGUGCAUUGAUUAUCGACGAUUUGGUGGCCACUGGCGGAACCUUAUCUGCAGCAAUCAGGCUUCUGGAACGGAUGGGUGCUGAAGUGGUUGAAUGUGGUUGUGUGGUUGGAUUACGCGAAGUUAAGGGACAGCGCAGGCUUAAUGGAAAGCCGCUUUAUAUCCUUGUUGAACCACGCCAACUGGAUGGUUGUUUUUAAGGUGGGUGUGGACAUGGACGACGAACGUGCUUCUGCUUAGGCUGAGAUUGAGAAGAUGAUGCUUGAGCUAACAGGGAGGGAGGGAGGAGGGAGGGAGAGAUGAAUGAAUUGGGUGGGUUCAUUGUGUAGUAUUCUUUAGUGCUAAAUUAUGUGUCAUGUUAUUUCAACAAAAUCUAGAAUGGAAUGAACAGAGUAUUCUCAGAUCCUGAUAUUAAAAAAAAUCCCAUGAUUUUGUACA